CCGGCGUGAACCAAACCAACAUAACCUAACCUCAUUUUUGAUUUUAUAUUUUGAUUUUGAUUCUUGAAUAUUUUUCUUCAGUUUAAACUAAAUAUUUCUUUAAUUUAUUUUUCCCACUUUCCCUGUAUUUCUCAUCGCAAACAAGUCUUGAUGUUCAAUAUAAACAAUAAAUAUAUAAUGUAGCUUGUAGGUAACACCAAACCAAAGCUAAAUAUAAAAUCAAUUUAAAUUUCAAUAAUCUCUUGUUACAAAUUUAAUUUAUCUUUCCCAAGCCCCCAAAUGAUUCCAUUAAGAAUUACCACUAAUAUCCUCGCCAGUCGUCUGCAAAUAGCUACGUUCAGCCCUAUUUUAUUCAAUCAUUUACACCACAGAUUAAAAAGUGGUGGUACUAGAAGUGAAAUAACUCCAUCUGCGAGUAGCAAAGAAUCUGCAAUCGACACAAAUGUAAAACCUCUAGGCGAAAGAGUGAAGGAAACUACCAAGACAACUUACAAUGCUUUAAUUAUUCUGGUUGGCCUAGGAGUGAUAGGCGGUUUGGGUUAUACGAUAUUUAGUGAAUUGUUUUCUAGUAAGAGUCCUAGUAAUAUUUACAAGAAAGCUGUAGAUAAGUGUAUUGAGAAUACGCAGGUGUCUGAUAAGCUGGGGUAUCCGAUAAGCUCGCACGGACAUGAAACAAGAAGAGGCAGGAGACAACAUGUUACUCACGCUUUUUAUGUUGACAAGGAAGGAAGAAAGCAUAUUAGAAUGAAAUUCCAUUUGAAAGGUACUUCCCAUUCGGGCACUAGCCAUGUUGAUAUGGUAGAGAAUGACAAAGGAAAGUAUGAAUACCGCUACUUAUUCGUGGAAGUGGAUGACAUGUUCAAAAGUGUGAUAAUUGUAGAAGACAACCGCAACAAACUUGGCCCUGAGUCAAAUCUGCACGACCUGGACAUGAAAUUUUAAAUAAAGCUCGACUUUUAUUGUAAAUUGUAUUUUUUAUUUAUGUUUGUUUUAUCCUCAUACAUCGAUACUAAAUUGUUUUUGAAAAUAUAAGUUUUUAUUUGAAGUAUGAUCCAGGAUAUUAUUAUGUAAACGGCAAUGUAUUGCAUCCAUGCUAACUUUAUUAUUUGCCAGAAUCUUGGUUUGAAGUAAAUUUUUUGUUCUGGGUAUUUUAGGAUAAGGUUGAUUGUGAAAGUACCGUCCAUGAUGGGAUUUGUUGUUGUUAAUAUGUUGUCCAAAGUGGUUUUUACUAAAAACAUGCAUACAAUUACUUUUGAGCAAUACUUAUAAUAUAAUAAUUGAGCUACAGUCUACAGUUAGGUGUUAUGAAUUACAUAACUUACAUUUGCUCUCUGCAUAUCUUGCUAUAAUAUUUUCAAAUUUUACACUUUGAAUAUCUUCCUUAUUGAUAAGUAAAUAGUCUGGGUUCAUUGCCAAGUCAUAUUUAGAACAUCUUAUUGCUUCUGAUUGUUUCAAACCCAAGUCUGCAUAGACAGAAAUUUGAGUAAGACUACUAGUAACAAAGUUUUGGUAUAUGAUGGCACUUUGUGUAUGAAAGGUACAUGGCAAC